AUGGCGGUUCCGGAUAUGGAAACGUUAAGCAACCUGGUACUGGAAGCCAUGAGCUCCCAUCGAUUCCACUUCGUUUUGGAAGCUUUUAAUAUCUUCGUCCCUCACCAUUGGCUAACCCGAAUGCUCAACUGGCUCGACUCCUUUAUGAAAGGUGAAAGUGAACGUGAUAAACUAGAACUAGUCCGUGAUGCUAUCAGCUUAUACGAAGAAGGUGACGAUAUGAUUCUAUUCCGCCAAUCCAUGAAUCUGACGCGGAAUCAGCAACAGGAUCUGUUGACCAUGUGGGCGGAUGUUCAGCCUUUUGACUCGUUGGCUAUGGACGUUUCAGUUCCAGAUUUCGGAUUGUUGGCCGAAAUAGUGACGCUUUGUGUCCAUUCUGGAAUCGAUGUGAACAUUGCCAAUUUGAUGCAAGGAAGUAACAGUUUGCAAUUCCAACAGGAAUGUUUAAAAGCUGUUGAAAUCCUUCUCGAUCAAAGAAACUUUGACGUAGCUUUAAAAUUGGCCAAAACUUCCGAUGUACCGGCGGAUUCUAUCUUUGUUACUCAGCUGCAUACAAUGUUUGAAAGUCAAACCAAUCAAAAUGAGGCACAAACUUCAUCGCUCCGCUACAGGACAGCGUUUUGGAAUCGCUGUCACCAACUUCUAACCGUUCACCAUGUGCGACCUGAUUUAGCUUCCAACUUCUUUCGGGACGUCUUGCCAAAAGCGCAAACCUCUUGGGAAUCUCAUCUGAUGAUAGAUCACGCACUGAAGUGGAUGCGACUUGUGAAACCAAUACGGAAAGAUGCCUUAGUUGAGCUGGAGGUGUUGUGGUGGCAAACGCGAAUAGAAGCCGAUCUCGAUAGUUCAACUCCCUCUUCGCUACUCGAUCUUCAACCAGACUCGCCGAUGUGUCCUCUGCUGAUGGCAAAAAUAAACGAAAUUGCAGAUGCGUUGCCCUAUGCUCAACUACAGUCAACUUAUAGCGACUCCUUUUUGGAGAAAGUCUCUGAAUGGAUUGGCCGGAAUCUCGAUGCUGCAGAAUUGGUUGGAGCCCUCAAGCUUUCUUACAUGUUUCGACGACAAAGUCCAGAUCUUCUCUUGAUUCUUUUCAUGAUUGAUUUAGUGGAGAAUAACGUCGACAUGCCCAGAGUCAAAAGUAGACUACUCCAGAUCAUUGCACUGAAAGAUAAAGAGGUCGAAUGGAAGGAUCGACAAUCGGCCAUUGAAUAUAUCGACAAUGAACUGCUCAAGCACGGACAUGUACUCUGUCAGCGUCUCUUGGUUUUCCACCAAGUUGCAGUGAUUUUGGAUCUGAAAUAUGAAUAUGUUGUGGAACACUCAAGGCCCAUAUCAAUCCUGAAGAUGUUGCUGGAAACGCCGACUCAAUCUUCUGGUCUCCAAUUGGCUAUCGGCGGACAUUUGAACUUGGCUCGUAAUUGGAUCACGGCAUCACGCAUUGCUAUGACGCAAGUGGUAGACUUGGUUAAAGACGAGCUCAUCGAAGCUGCACGUUCAGCUUAUGGACAAGUGAGCACCGAAACCAACAUGGUGGUGUCGCUGCUUCGCGGCACAUUUAAUCGCUGGGUAACGCUCUGUGCCGAUCCCACUCAACUAGGACGGGCUCUUUUGCAAGCGGCGCUAGAUCUUGAGGAGAAUAACGAGUGGCCAGUCGCGGUGGAAUUGCUCAUAUUUUCCCAUUCUAGCUUCACACUCGCCUGUGACGUAGAAAACAUCGGCCAAAUUCUUAACCACGCCCGCAGUUUCAUUGACAAACUUCUUCUAGACCAGCAGUGGAUCCUCAUUACGCGACUCACCACCGGGAUCCAGCGCUAUACGGAGAUGAGCUACGUCUUUGAGCUCUUGAAGGAGCACGACCAAUUCGAAUAUCUGUUGCGUAAAGGAAUGGAUCGACUUCCGCUUUUACGGCAGGCUUUGCUCGAUUUCCUCAGACCUAAUUGCUUGGAGAAUCGAGAACUCUUUCGAUUGGUAGCGCUUCAUUUUCAUAUGCAUGCCGAAGUAGCGGGAAUGUGGCAGGAUGAGGCCAAUAGUCUGCUCAAGCCAGUCAUCAGUCAAGCAUUUAAAUCAAUUCUAAAGACAUCGAAGAAACCAACAGGGUCACCUUUACCUAAAACCGUGGAAUCGUCUCCUGCUAAAAAAUCAUCAACCAGUUGGUCACUCGAGCCAACAAACUUACCCACAUCCAUCGACCUACCCAUGCUUAAAGCUAGCCCUGAAAUGAAGAAGAUUUUCACGGCCGCCAUGCAUAACUUAGCUCACGCCACUGAAUACUUUCUACAGGCUGGCAAACUGAGUCACGCCAAUCAGUGCGCUCUGCAAGCAGAGUUGGUCGCAUUGCAAAUUCAUCUAGUCAGUCGCGCUGCUGACGGUCAGCACAUUUAUUGUAUCCUUGGGUUGAAUGCAGCUCAAGUAGAUGUCCUCAUUUGCGAGACACUCACGUAUCCAGAAGCAGAAAUCGUUUCACGUGGUUACGGUUUCAGCGUCACUUGGGGCAAAGCCUUAAUGCGACAUUACGUCCUCAAUGACGGAUCGGAUUACCUGGAGCGAUUCAUCCGUCGCCACACAAUCACACCGACUAUCGUUGAACAGGUAGUCGCUGCGUUUGAGCUGGAAUCGGGGUUCAGCAAAAAAUCGGAAACAUUGGACCGUUUAGAACGACUAGUCUCCAUGUUGACUGAUGCCGAAGUCAAAUAUCGACUUGCUUCACGUUUAGGUCUUAGACAUCUCGUUGGCGAGUUACUGUCUUCGUCUGCACUCCCAUAUCUAAGAGACACGGCGUGGGGAAAAAAGGCCAAUCAAGACUGAGAUAUUCCAUUAACAUUGUUCCAAAUUAGGUCCUGUAUUUUCCAUUCGUUGCGGUAUUAAGUUUGAUUAAAAUUUUAAAAGCUGUUUUCGAGUUUACUCAGCUAACUCUAGAACCGGAAUAUAGCUAUUAAGCCUGAGAUUAUAAAGAGUCAUCCAUGUUUGUUUUUCCCUUUUGUCCUUCCUAUUUUUGUUUUCAUCGAUGUAUUGAUAUUUUCUUUCUGCACUUAUCUGUUCGUAAUAAGGAAAAGGCAAUCGAGAAUUACAAUUCCGAAACGAU